CUGAUUCUCCGGCGUAACGGCUUCUCCACCACUUCGAUUCAUCAAAGCCUCAUUACUAUAACACUCCAAUGGCGUCUUAACGAUUUAAUUCCACCAGAUUCACCCUAUAUAUCUUAUGUCUCUCACGAACUUCUUCUCCAAUUCCGAUCCGAGGAUAACGAUUCUUGGCCAGACAUAUAUCAUGUUGUGAUCCAUUGCUUCCAAUAAGGCGAGAGCAAGCGGAAGAGGUAGGCUUAAAACUCCUAAAGAAAGAUCCUGCAUGUAAAGGAGAGUAAGGAAAACUAUUACAUAAUCAGACAGAGGUUCCAUGCGAACACUGAGGUCCGGAGUUUGUCUGUGCAGAAGCAACUCCAAAGAUAUUCUUCUCUCUCCCUCUAAGAAAAGGUACAAACUUCCGAGAUCAUUCAUCCGGAACAGUUCUCUUCCCUUUGCACAACAGUCUGCAGCAACAGUCACCAUGGGAAAGCAACAAAAGAGGAGAACAACAUCAACCAUGGAGUCUGAGAAGCAGGCAAUACAGAUAUCUCAGUACAAUAGAUACACCAGACAUACAAAUCUGUUACAGGCCACCACUGGAAUAGGAGUUGCAGCAGCGGCUGCAGCAGCUGCUCCUGGUGGUUCUGCUCACCGUUAA